AUGGAGACUAUGGAAGGCAGUCCAGCGUCUGACUCCUCUGCGAGGUCGGAGCUGGCCGUGUACGAGCCUACUGUCCACGAGCAUGAGCCUGAGCCUGAGUCUGAUCCUGCCGCCUACGACCCCAAUGUCACCUCCUCACCCGUUGAUUCGCUACCGGAUGCACCUGCGUUCACAAGUCACCCAAGCGCCGACGUAGAGGCAGAACCACACCCAGAACUAACCACGCACGUGCCAGGCGACCACAUGGCCCACCACAACCAGACAUACAACAACAACAACGGAACGCCUGCAGCACACACUCCGCAAUUCGAUCCACGCGCGCUUCUCAAUCCGAACUCGUCGACUCCUAAGCGCCCUGCGUCAUCCGGUAACGACACUGACCGCGGCCGUACUGACCCCACUAUUGCUGGCCAAGUCUCGCUCGUCGAACGCCUACACAACGUUCAAGAGCGUACGUCAUCACCUGCCAAGCGCAUAAAGACUGAACGGAAGAACGGCAAUCGGCCCAACUUCGCUGGUGGGAGUGCACUUGAGCUUCAAGCCGGACAAUCACCUCCCCCACCGCCGCAACAGGGACCCGCAAUCGACUUGACCAUGAGCGACGACGAAGACGAGAUCCAGGUCGUUCACGACAACAGCAACGAUGACAUCUGCAUUGGCAAGCUCAAGCAGACCUACAUCCAGGCUCACGUGGUCCCUUUUCCCGACCCUAAGAAGUUCCAUGGCAAUCAUGGUGGCCAAAGCAGAAUCAAGGUAUCCUUCCGCAGGGGUGGCGGCCACAAGGGAAACCAGAUCAUCAUGGUGCUUGACGGUAUGGGUAAAGAGUUCGGCAGGGUUGACAUGAAGACCGCACAAGGUCUCACACCACUGAUCGAUAGCGCGCAGACUAACGGUCUAAAGUGGCUGGCCUGGACUGAACCACGCCGAAAGCUUCCCAACGAAGGACCGCCUGGCAGUCAAAUCUCUGCACUUGUUGGUAUGACCUUACAGCUGUACUGUCCACGUAAAUCUGCGGAUCACCUUGGAAGGUAUCUCAGGAGCAAGAAUCUCAUCCUUGAGAACCCCGUCUUCGAACUCGCGCGCCAUGAUUACUACAACCCACAGUCGAAGGAGGGGUUCCAGAAAAAUCAAGUAGGACAACCCGAUUUCCAGCCGUCCACACAGUACGCCGUUGGCGCUGCCACAAACACCUAUGUCCUUCGCAGUGUCGACGAGAUCCGCGCUGAUGUCGAAGACGUCUUCGAUACGGUUGUCAGUGGCUCGGAAGAAGUUCCGAUUAGAGAGCCUUCAACGCUCAUCAAGACCGAGCUGUACCCUCAUCAGAAGCAGGCGCUUUAUUUCAUGGUUGAUCACGAACAAGAACAUCCGCCAGACGUCUACGAUAAACGCAAGGACUCCUUAUGGGCCCCGAAGUAUCGGGAUAACGGACGCAAGUACUACAUGCAUAUCAUCACGGGCGAACAGACGGAAGAUCAGCCUAGACCUAGUCUUGGUGGUAUCCUGGCUGACGAGAUGGGAUUGGGGAAGACGCUCAGCAUUCUAUCACUCAUCUGCGACGAUGCCUCGAUUGUAUCCGCCAAAGACUUCUGCCAGAAGCGGCCACCUCCGAGGCCCUACCCAGGCAUGAUCCAGCCCACCAUCAACAGUCGCGCAACACUUCUUGUUUGUCCUCUCAGCACCAUGACGAACUGGAAGGAGCAGAUCAAGGACCACUUUCCACAGGGCACAAGCACCCUGAAGUGGAAGCGGUACCACGGCUCAGAGCGGUUCAGCAUAACACCUGAGGUCCUUGCAGAUCACGACAUAAUCUUAACAACGUACCACAUCAUCGCGAAAGACCUCACAGACAAGAAACGAGCGUUGCCCUACAUCAACUGGUUCCGCAUUGUUCUGGAUGAAGCACAUACAAUUCGCAACCCGACCAACCAGUCCAAGGCAGCAUGUACGAUGAUGGGUCAACGUCGUUGGGCUGUAACCGGUACGCCUGUUCAGAAUCGACUUGAAGAUCUGGGUGCUCUCUUCAACUUCAUCAAGUUGAAGCCUUUCGAUACUCCUAGCGGCUUCAACCAGUUCAUCCUCGGUCCUUUCAAGAACGCCGACCCCAACGUUGUAACGAAGCUUCAGCUGCUUGUCAGCACCGUUACCAUUCGUCGUACCAAGGAGAUCAUCAAGGACGAGGUCCCCAAGAAGCUUGACUACGUUGUCAGAUUGCAGUUCUCUAAGGAAGAGCAGCAGUUACAUGACUGGUUCGAGAGGGAUACUCAACGCAAGGUGAAUGCUGUCACCCAGGGCGAUAAGAUGGGUGGACGAUCAUACGCCAAGAUUUUGACCGCCAUCCUCAAUCUUCGGUUGAUCUGCGCUCAUGGUCGUGAUCUGCUCAGUGAAGAAGCGCUCAAGACUACCGACGGCAUGACCUAUGAGAAGCCCAUGGAGAUAGAUGAGGAGGACAGCGAUAGGCCACAGCUCACACGUCAACAAGCCUACGAGAUGCUCACUCUCCUCGAUUCGACGAGUGCAGCGGACUGCCUGUACUGCCCAGAUAAGAAGUCUUUAUUAGAGGAUGAUUCCGAUGACGACGAAGAUGAAGAUGGCAACGUCCAGGAAGAUAUUGGCUACAUGACCACAUGCUACCACCUCGUCUGCCCACGUCACAUCAAGAAGCUGAAGGAUCAGUGGAAGAACAACCUCAUGGCGGAUGGUUCAGUUCGUUGCCACGUAUGUGACGACGUCAACCGGCCCACGGUCCUCAAGCUCGAACGCACGGACUACUACAACUACAUCGAGGAGCAGAAUCAGAUCCGAAAAGAUCCAAAACUGGCGAAGAAGAUCGGAAGCUACACUGGCCCGCAUACGAAGACCCAAGCUCUACUCAACGACCUGCAAGAGUUCCGUGUAUGGAGCGAGCAGAAUCCGGAUGAGAGGCCGAUCAAAAGCAUUGUAUUUUCCUCAUGGACCACACACCUCGACCUCAUCGAAAUUGCUCUCAAGAACGCCGGCCACUCGCUCGUCCGCCUCGAUGGCCGCAUGUCGCGCGAAAACCGCGACAAGUCUAUGCAGGCACUCCGCGAGAACCCUGCAGUCCGCGUUAUGCUUGUAUCUAUUGGCGCAGGAGGUCUCGGUCUCAAUCUUACAACAGCCAACAAAGUGUUCAUGAUGGAGCCGCAGUUCAAUCCGGCAGCUGAGGCGCAAGCUGUUGAUCGUGUUCAUCGGCUUGGUCAAGAUAGGGAGGUUACUAUUAAGCGCUUUAUCAUGCAGAACAGCUUUGAAGAGAAGAUGCUAGUACUCCAGGAUAAGAAAAAGGCUCUAGCUAAUAUGACGAUGGCAAAGGAGCGCAAGGGCAAGGAGGAGGCUACGAAGCAGAGACUGGAGGAGCUUAGGAGUCUUUUUAGAUAG